AUGUGCGCUGGGAGCCCCGUGUUCCUCAUGGCUGCCCCAGUGGGCUAUGGUGGGUCCCAGCCCCACGCUGGCCAGGACUUUGGUUACGGCAUGGUCCAGGAGCCCGCACCCGCGCCCAGCACUGCACCUGCCUACCAGGACAGUUAUAGGUAUGGACAGUUGAUGGCCACCAGCAGCUACGAGGACAGCCGGUACGCCCAGCCUUGGUCCCCGGCCUCUGACACACUCUUCCAGCCAUCCUCCUACCCCCUGUCGUUAUACAACCCCAUCUGUGCCCAGUACAGUGGACCAAGCUACCCAAGCUAUGACAUGUUGGUGUGCUCAGCAGCCUGUCUCUAUUAUCCUCCAGCACUCACCCCGCAGAUGUAGCCCCCGCCUUCCCUGGGACCCCCCAGCAGCAGCCCUCCCUGCUGCCAAUGCCACCCCCCCAGGGCCCACUCUGCUGGCAGCUUCCCUAGGAAGCCACCGUUUACCAGCAAGCUGCCGAAGCCCAAGAGGGGCCCUCGCACCCAGCUUCGCUACUGUGACAUCUGUGAGCUCAGCUGUGCAAGUCCCCAGACCUACCGGGAGCAUCUGGAAGGACAGAAGCACAGAAAGAAGAAGGUGGCUCAGAAGACAGGCAUCCAGCCUGAUGGUGGGCUGCAUGGGGUGCUGGCCCAGUUGCACUGCGACCUGUGUGCUAUGUCCUGCACUGGGGCUGACGCCUACAGGGCCCACAGCCAGGGCCCCGAGCACCAGAAGGUAUAUCGGGUGGAGAGCCACCAGGAGAAAGCCUCCUGGCAGAGCCCCCGUCCUCGAUCCUCACUCCAAAGAUCAUCAAAUUGGAGAAGCCCAUUCCCAUCAUCGAAACUGUGCCAAGGAACUCCAGCCUGGAAUGCACCCCUGCACCAGCAAGCCAGGCCCCUGGCCACACAGAGCACCCCAGAGGUCUCAGCCAAGCCCAAAGCCCCCACCGGCCCCAGUAUGAAUACCCCAAAUGGGUGUGCAGCCAGUGCAGACUACAUGGAGAAGGUGGAUCAGGGCCAUCACCACGUCUGGGCUCUGGUGGAGGAGAGCACUCCUGUGGGUCAGACUCGAGACUCCACCCACGUCCUCCCAUCUGAGACUGACAAACCUGUCCACAUUCACAAGCUCCAUGGGCAGACCUUGGGGAGCCCAAACUCCAAGCAGACCCACCUGAUGAGAAGGUGUAAAAGGAAUCGGGGCAGCAGAAAGCUUGCCCCUGAGUGCUCCAGCAAUAAGCAGAUGCUGCUUCCACAGAUGUGCACGUGGCUGAGAGCUGGAGAGAGGAAAAAAGUGAAACCCAACCUUCCCAUCACCAUCAAGCCCAGCAACAGAGUCCAGAAGCUCCUGGAGGAGCGGCUGAGAAGCAGAGGCUCCUGCAAGAGUUGGCUGGAGGAGAUGUGGUGCUGGCACGUGGAGAUGAGGGGUGACCUUGCCUGCCUGCUAGCCUCUCCUGGUCUCACCUUCCAUGUGCACACUGCAGGCCAGAGCUGUACGACAUGCGCUGCAGGCAGCUGGAGGAGCCACAGCUCCAGGACCAGCGGCAGCAGCAGCUGCAGCACACAGUGCCCAGCUGGCCCCCACCUCCGCUCAUGGGCAGGCUGGGGACACCCACCACCCCACUCCCGUGACGACCGGCACAUCAUGUGUAGGCACGCCACCAUCUACCCCAUGGAGCAGGAGCUCCUGACUGUCCAGAAGGCUGUGUCCCACGCGGAGCCGUUCCCCAAGCUGGUGUCCAACAAGCCGGUCCAGGAGAACUGCAGAAGCCGGGAGGAAGAGGGCAGUGAGCCCAGAGGCGCAUCCAAAAAUGGAGUUUGUGAAGGAUUCAGCAUCCCUGUAAACCUCAGUUUUCUCACCUGCAAAAGGAAGCUCAGUGCGUGGCGUGUCCCCUUAGCCUGGAUCCUGAAGGGCAUCAUGGAAAUCGGCAUCCUGGCAAAAGGCCUCCUUCUGUGGGCUGACAGGAAUGUGCACCUGGCCCUGCUGUGCUCCCAGAAGCCCACACACCUGCUGUUGGGGAUCGCGCAGCAGCUGGCCCUGCAGCUCCAAAUGGUGACUGAGGACAAGUACGAGGUCUCCUCUGACCCCAAAGCCAACAUUGUCAUCUCUUCCUGCAAGGACUUGGUGCAGGUCACCUUGUCCGUCACCUUGCCCCUAAUGCGUGAGGACCCCUCCAUGGACCAAGAUGCUGCAGGCCACACAAGAGCGGGGUCUUGGGGCAGCAGAGGAAAUGAGUCAGUGACAGAGUGUCAGAUGGGCUCAGAGCCUGGGCUGUGGGCAUUGUCCUCCCUGGCCCACCAAACCAGCACUGGGCCCCUGCCUCCACUGAUGACGGGCCCAGGCUCCAGGAUCCCCUAUGAGAGAGACCAGAUGGAUGCCCUCGAGCCCAUGACCCUCCAGGAGCAGGAGGACAUUACAGCCAGCGCCCAGCAAGACGAGCACUUGCUGGCCUUCUGGCAGGUCCAUAGGCUCCUGGGCAUGGGCCCCCUGCCACCGUCCAGGAGCAGGCCUGUGGCCCACUUCCAGAAGAGGCAGCAGGAGUCAGGCGAGGCUGAGGUGGUCACGGGGGAGAGCAGGCAGGCACAUUACCUGUCUGAAACAGGAAACAGCUACCUGGGGCCUGACUGCUUAGACCCCUGA